GGCGCGCGUGGAGGGGGUGGUGAUCGCACGGGAGGGCGGGGGGGGCGAGGGAUCGUCGGUGGGCGCGGUGGGCGCGGUGGACGGGGGGGACGGGGCGGCGGUCGAGGCGGCGGGAAGACGAGCGCGGGACGAGGACAGAAGGGACAGACAAAGGGGAAAGCGAAGACGCAGAAGGUGAAGACGGAGAUUCCAAAGGUUGGGGAGCUCGGUCGGGAGAUUAUGACGAGACAUCGAGCGAGAGAUUUGGCGAACGCGCUCGGAGUCGACGGACGAAACGUUCGGAACGUUCUGCACACGGCGUCGUUGAAGAUGAUGCUGAAGCAGCGAAUAUCGACCACGGUGAGCGGACCGUUGCACGAUCAAGUUUUUGUGACCGUUGUACGCACGACGGUGCCUUCGGGUGUCUUUGUGGCUCCGCCCGCGGAGUCGAACGGUUUAGACGGCGGUGCGGUGGAAAUGGUGAACACGGGAGCGGCCUUCGGAAAGCGAGAGUCCGAGACACUGGCGCUGAUAGAUUUGUGCGAGCAGUUGACGAAAAACGGGAUCAGGCCCCAGGAUCCUCCGGACGUGCGAAAGAUGAUGGCGGAGCGCGAGAAGGAAACGUUGAAGGCGAGAAAGAACCGGGCUCAACUCGUGUUGGAGAUGGUCGGGGCGACGAAACCGUCGUUACAAACGUCUCAGAGCGGUAAGUUCUUCGUCACCGAUGUUAGUUUACUCGUGGAUGGGGGGAAGAAGCUUGUUGGGAGCGGGAAGGCGGUGAGCAAAGCUGCGAGUGAGGCCGAGGCUAUCAUUAACGUCGCCGCCGGACCGCUGGCCGAGGCGCUGGGUCAAGAGCGCGUGGACGAACUUCAUCGCGUCAUCGAUGCCUCACCGGGAAAUCACGUAUCGGUGAUGUCGGUUCCACCGCUCCCGGACAGAGGAAUCGAUAUCCUCGUUCAGGCGAUGGGAUCACCGGAGGAACACGACAGUCGCAUGGACGACGUCUUGACCACGCAGGCGGCGUUUGAGGCCAAGUUUGCUGCUCGUCAAGAGUCAAAGUGGCGUCAAUCGGCGUCGAAAGAGUCUGGACCGUCCAAAGCGGAGCAGAUUCUGAAAGCUGCUCGCGAGUCUCGCGCAUCUGAUCGAGUCGCAUCAAAGAAUGAGGAAUACGCGGCCGAAGAAGCCGAGCGUUUACGCCGAGCGAUUGAGGACGAGACCAGUCCGCAAGCGGACAUGAAACGGAUUCGGGACGCGCUUCCGAUCAAAGCUAUCCGUGAGGAACUCGUUGAGGCUUUGCGCACUCAGCAAGUCGUCGUCGUCUCCGGUGGUACAGGAAGCGGGAAAUCGACGCAGUGUCCGCAGUACAUUCUGGAGGACGCCAUCGCCACUGGGAACGGGCCAACUACCAGAAUCGUCGUGACACAGCCGCGUCGAAUCGCCGCGAUAUCUGUAGCCGAGCGCGUCGCCGCCGAACGCGACGAACCAGUCGGGAGUUCGGUUGGCUUCGCGGUUCGUCUGCAUGGCACAUCGCCCAGAGACGCGGCAAGCAUCGAGUUUGUUACUACGGGUGUCCUGUUACGUCGAUUGAUGAGAGAUCAAAAUCUAGACGGUAUCUCGCACGUCAUGAUUGAUGAAGUCCAUGAGCGUGAUAUUAACACGGAUUUCCUCUUGGUGCUCCUUCGGGAACUGAUCACGACCCGCCCGGAUUUGCGAGUGGUUCUGAUGAGCGCGACGCUCGACGCGGAGUCGUUUAGCGAAUACUUCACCGGAUCUGGAACUCAUGACUUGGAACAGGGUGUUCCGUUGAUGAGCGUUCCCACGAAGCCGCGGCACCCGGUCGAAAUAUUCCAUCUAGAAGACAUGCUAGACGGAGGAGGCGAGCUCGAGGUCGAGGACGAAAGUCUUCUCAACGAAGAUAACGAGUCGGUGUCGAGCAGAGAGAUUCCAAACCACCUGAAGAAGUUAGCGAAGGAUUUACUAGCAGCGCAGGAUCGUUCGCUGAGACGCGAGCUCGAAGAGGCAGAGGCAGAAGAGAUUGCAGCGCAACAGCUUGAACGCUUAUCUUCCGCGGAGGACGAGCAAGUGGAGGUGGAGGUUUCCGAAGAUGAAGAGGAGGAUGAUGAGGACCAGGAGGAAGAGGAGGACGAUGCUGUCGACUCCGAGCUGGAAGAUUUGGAGGUCGAACUCGAUGGUGCAAAUAGCGUCCGUGGGAUGUCUCCGCGUCGCAUGCGAGCAUCGUCUCGAGUCCGAAAGCUUCGCCGCGCGCUCGCCAUGCGAAAGGCUCGCACGGGUGAGUCAUCCAUGCGCAAGGGAGCUGGAGAUACUCGCGUCAGGCAGAAUGAGUCAAAAGAGGUGAGCGAGCUUACCAUGCAACUCUUGGUUGAGGUCGCGAAGCACAUCGCAUCGAUAGAGACAGACGCCGGACGUAAGGGAAGCAUCUUGUGCUUCUUGCCCGGUUGGGAUGAGAUCAAGACGGCAAUGGAGAUCCUACAGGACACCACCGACGCGGAGCUGUAUGGUAAGAUGAACGUCAUUCCUCUUCACUCGACGAUUCCGCAGGAGGAACAGCAAAAGGUCUUCGUUCCCGCCCCGGACGGCGUCGUCAAGGUGAUUUUUGCCACCAACAUCGCUGAGUCCUCGGUGACUAUCAACGACGUCCUCGCCGUGGUUGAUAGCGGACUCGUUCGCGAAAUGUCGUGGAACCCUGAGAGCGGGAUGUCCUGCAUGGAAACAGUGACGACAUCGCGCGCGAGCGCUACGCAGCGAACAGGUCGAGCGGGCCGGGUCGCACCGGGGUCGUGCUAUAGAAUCUAUUCUCAUGGCACUCUGCACGCGAUGGAGGAGCGACCGACUCCUGAGAUCCAACGUACCGCGCUCGAGGCCACGUGCUUGCAAACGUGCUCGAUGACGAACACAGGGAUUGAACGUUUCCUAUCCAAGGCGAUGGAUCCUCCGUCGUUGGAGUCGGUGGAGUACGCGAUGGACAGGUUACUCAAGCUCGGGGCCAUCAAGUCGAACGAAACCACUGGUGGCGAGGACCUCACGCCGAUGGGUCGACUCCUGUCUAUCCUGCCCCUCGAUCCGGGCACGGGUAGGAUGUUGAUCAUGGGGGCAGUUUUGCGCUGUCUCGAUCCUGUGCUCACCGCUGCGGCGUGCUUCAGCUCCAGAGAUCCAUUCUACGUCCCACCGGGCAUGCGCGAUGAGGCGCGUCAAAUCAGACAGUCGUUCUGCGCCACGUCUGAUCUGCUUGCCACCGUUCGCGCGUACGGCACUUUCCAAGACAUUCUGUAUGAACAAGGUUGGGACAGCGCGCGUCGAUGGGCCAGCGAUAACUUUGUCUCUAUCAAUGCCCUGAACACCAUCACUUCUGUCCGCUCGCAGCUCUUGCAUGAGCUCAACCGCAUUGGUCUGGUGCAGGACACCGAUUUGGACAGCAGGUCACACAACAAGAAAACAUUGCGUUUCGAUGCCUCGGUGAAUCUCAACGCGAGCAAUGAAUCGCUCUUCACCGCGGUUUGGGCCGCGGGAUUGCCCGGAAACAUUGCCUCGCGACGUCCGUUCGGUAAUUUCGGUACCUUGCGGACGCGCACUGAGGAGCACGCCGGCCUCCACCCAUCGAGCGUCGCGUUUCAUCGCAAGCCGCCGCGCGAUAGGACACCACUCCCCGUGUGGUUUCUGUACAAGGAGAUGAUGCUCAGUUCCCAGGUGUUCCUUCGGGACGUCACCGCGAUGCGUCCCGAGCAGCUCAUGCUCCUGGGCGGGCACGCGUUGCAGAAACGUGACUUCACUGGCGCCGACGGCGACGAAUCGCCCGAGUCCGAGGGCGCUCUUUUGGAUGCGAGCGGUAAUCCGAUCGCUGAGGACGACGAUCCUCGCCGCGUCGGCCCGCGUUUGAUGCUCGAUGAUUGGAUCGUCAUCCACUCCUCGUGCGCCGACACCGCGGACCUCCUCACCGACGUCCGCCGAGAGAUCGACGCCGCACUCGCGCUCAAGGUGAUGAACCCCCGAAAACCGCUCCCAGACGCGAGCGAGGACAUCAUUCACGCCGUCAGUCGGCUCUUCCGCGUCAUCGACGAGCGCGACGAGCGUCGCCAAACCUUUCUCAGACGCCGAAGAGAAGGCGACUUUGAUCGAGGCGACCGCGGCGGCGGAUUCCGCGGCGCCAAUCGACGCUAA